ACAUUAAAAAUUUUCUGAUGAUUAAGUUUUAAUUGUUGUUUUUUUUCCAGAACAAAAAUAAAAAUCCAAAAAAUAAAAUUAUGAAUCAUUCAAUAUCACAGAUUACAUCAGUUAAAUUUAAAUUGUUUGCUGAAAGUGAAGCUAAAAAGCUAAGCGUUUUACCAAUUUCAAAUGCACAAGUAUUUGAUCCGCUUGGACAUCCAUUGGAUAAUAGUCUUGCCGAUACUAGUCUAGGACCAUUAAAACGUAAUGAUUUCUGUAAAACAUGUGGCCUAACCGAUUUCGAAUGUCUUGGUCAUUUUGGCCACAUUCAACUUCCAUUACCUGUGUUCAAUCCAUUUCUAUUGAAACAUGUCUUUCAGGUUUUGAAAAUGUUUUGUUUUAAUUGUCAUCGAUUAUUAUUCACACCGUUCAAUGUUGAAAUAUAUAUUGCUCAACUUCGUGCAUUAGAUCUUGGAUUGGAUUAUAUUCUUGACGAUAUUUUACAAUAUGCCAAUGAUAUUUCACAAUCAUUUAAAAGUUUUGAUUGGGGUUCAAGUGAAGGACAAACAUUUUUACGAUCAAAAUUAACUGAAUUGAUUAAUUCAGAAUGUAGAAAUAAUAAGAAAAAAAAUAUGAUGGAAAAAAAUGAAAUCAAUGAUAAAAACAUGGAUGAUAAUAAUGUUGUUCAAUUAGAGUCGAUAGAAAUAGUCAAUUCAAAAAAUGUAAUUGAAAAGAAACAGCAUUUAUUUAAAGAUCUAAUCAGUUUGAAAAUUAUCAAACCGACUAAAGUUUGUACGCGUUGUAAUUCCAGAAAACGUGGCUUAAAUGUUAUUAAUAAAUCAUCAAUAGUUAUGACCACUGGAACACGUAUGAAAAAUGUGACCGAUAUGGAUGAAACGAUCGGCGUAGAGAAUCGUUCAUCUAAGUCGAUAGAGAUGAAAGGAAAAUCAUAUCUAACACCGGCACAAGCACGUGAACAUUUAAGAAAAUUGUGGGUAAACGAAAAAGAUGUUCUUAUUCGAUUAUUACCGUUUUUGGACAUCGAUUUUAAUGUUGAUAAUUCAAUACCGAAUGAAUGUCCUAUGGAUGUAUUCUUUUGGGAAACAAUUGUUGUCACACCAAAUCGUUUUCGACCAUUAAGACAUAUGAAUGGAAAAUCAUUUGAACAUCAUCAAACAACGGCGCUUAGUGAACUUAUGUUGGUGGCAAAAUCAUUAGAAAUAGCAUUAGAUAGUGCCAAAAAGACCAAUAUGGAUGAUAAUAUUGAACGAUUCUAUCGACAUUGGUUACGAUUACAGAUUCUUUGCAAUCGUAUCUAUGAUAUCGGUAUGGAUAAUUUGCCGGAUAAAAAAUCUAUCGGUGUUAAACAAAUUCUGGAGAAAAAAGAAGGACUUAUGCGUAAGAAUAUGAUGGGUAAACGUGUGAAUUUUGCCGCUAGAUCUGUGAUAUCACCUGAUCCAUAUAUUAGAGCCGAUGAAAUAGGUGUACCAUUAGUUUUUGCCACACGAUUAUCAUAUCCACAACCGUUAACCGAUUGGAAUGUCAAACAACUUCAAGAAAUGAUUAUCAAUGGACCGAAUCAACAUCCUGGUGCAUUGUCUAUUACUUAUGAAGAUGGUUAUACUGUACGUUUGAAACCAGAUGAUAUAAAUCAACGUCGUUCAAUAGCGGCCACAUUGCAACCGCCAUCAUUUCAUCCGAAUCAAGGAAUGCAAGGUGUUAAGAUUGUUAAUCGUCAUCUAAUUACAGGUGAUGUUCUUCUUGUUAAUCGUCAGCCAACUUUACACAAACCAUCAAUAAUGGCACAUCGUGCACGUGUAUUGCCUAAAGAAAAAACCUUACGACUACAUUAUGCUAAUUGUAAAUGUUAUAAUGCUGAUUUCGAUGGUGAUGAAAUGAAUGCUCAUUUUCCUCAAUCAGAAUUGGCACGUUCGGAAGCCUAUAAUAUUGCCUCAGUCAAUUAUCAAUUUCUUGUGCCGAAAGAUGGAUCACCAUUGUCCGGCCUUAUUCAAGAUCAUAUCGUUGCUGGUGUAUUACUGUCAACCCGCGGUCGAUUUUUUAACAAAAAAGAUUAUCAAGAACUUAUUUAUGGUGCAUUAUCAUUUUUGACAAAUAAAUCAAUCAAAUUUCUUCCACCUACAAUUAUAAAACCUGAAUAUCUUUGGUCGGGAAAACAAAUUAUAUCAACCUUAUUGUUGAACAUUAUACCAGCCAAUAAACCAUUGCCAACAUUUCAAAUUGAAAGUAAAGUUUCAACGAAAUUAUUGAUUUCAGAAAAACCAAGGUCAUGGACUGCCGGUGGUCCAUUAGGCGAAAAAGAUAUGUGCGAAAGUCAGGUUAUAUUCCAUCAUGGUGAACUAUUAUGUGGCAUUAUGGAUAAAGUAAGCUUUGGAGCGAAUAAAAAUGGCCUUAUUCAUGUCUGUUAUGAGCUUUAUGGUGGUGAUAUUCAUUCACUUUUGUUGACGGCCAUUGCCCGUCUUUGUACCAAUUAUCUUCAAUCACAUCAUGGCUUUACGUUGGGCAUACAUGAUAUACUGAUCAAAUCGAAACCGGAUGCGAAACGAAAAAAAAUAAUUCGAACAUCAAAAUCUUUGGGUAUGAAUGCUAUUGUUGAAGCUUUUCAAAUACCUAUCGAUAGUGAUGAUGUUAUGGUUAAAUCGAAGUUUCGUGAAGCACAUACAGCACGUGAUAAUGAUUUUAUGAUGAAACAAUUGGAUGCUGCUUACAAAUCACAGACCGAUUCUGCCAACAAUGAAAUCACAAAGAUUUGUAUGCCUAAAGGAUUGGUGAAAAGUUUUCCUGCAAAUAAUUUACAAAUGAUGAUUCAGACUGGUGCUAAAGGUGGUUCAGUAAAUGCUAUACAGAUUUCCUGUUUACUUGGACAGAUCGAAUUGGAAGGUCGUCGUAUACCGUUAAUGAUGUCUGGACGAACGUUACCAUCAUUUCGACCAUAUGAUACACAACCACGUGCCGGCGGCUUUGUCACCGGACGUUUCCUUUCCGGUAUUCGACCGCAGGAAUUCUUUUUCCAUUGUAUGGCCGGUCGUGAAGGUUUGAUUGAUACGGCUGUAAAAACUUCUCGAUCCGGUUAUCUUCAACGUUGUCUUAUUAAACAUCUGGAAGGAUUGAUUGUAAAUUAUGAUCUUACUGUUCGUGAUUCGGAAGGAUCAGUCAUACAAUGGCUUUAUGGGGAAGAUGGUCUAGAUAUUCUUAAAUCACAAUCAUUGAAAAAACCAUUCUUUCCUACCAUAUUGAAUAAUCGUGAAGCUUUAAAAGCAAGCAAAAAUGAAAUGGAAAAAUUAACGUUGAUUCGUAAUCCAACAUUGAUGAAACAGAUUCAACGUGUGAAAAAAUUUCAAAAAUCUAUUGAUAAUCAAACACAAUCAACAAAAACAUCACCGUUUUCAGUGUUUGAACAUCAAAAACGUCAGAAUAAUUUGAUGAUUACUAAUGAUGAAUUAAAACAAAUGUGGUAUGAUCAAGAUGUCAAACAACGACAGAUGUCGAUAAACAGGACUAUGAAAUCAAUCGAACCGAUAAUUCCACGAUAUCGUCCAGAUUUAAAUCUUGGUGCCAUAAGUGAAAUGUUGGAUAAAAUUGUUGAAGAUUAUGUUCAUUCAGGUUUAAAAAAUGAACCGAAAAAUGUGAUCAAUGAAUUUCGUCAAACAAUGAAUGUUUGUUAUAUGCGAUCAUUAUGUGCACCAGGUGAAGCUGUAGGCCUUUUAGCUGCACAAUCUAUUGGUGAACCAUCCACUCAGAUGACAUUGAAUACAUUUCAUUUUGCCGGUCGAGGUGAAAUGAACGUAACUUUAGGUGUUCCACGUCUUCGUGAAUUAUUAGUAACAGCAUCGAGUCAUAUUUCUACACCAAGUAUGGACAUUCCAUUUCGUACAGAUAUUGAUCCCAGUGUAAAUAUUGAAGAAGAAGCGGAAAAAGUACGUUUACGUUUGAAUGCUGUACGAUUAAAAGAUGUACUUGAAUUUGUCGAUAUUAAUGAACAUAUCGAAAUUGGUUCAUCAAAUUCGUUUGGUGAUCGAUCACGUAUUUAUACUAUUCGGUUUGGAUUCUUGCCAAAAUCUUAUUAUAAACGAAGAUAUUUUACAACACCAUCCAAAGUGUUACAUUAUGUUGAAACAAUAUUCAUUCGACAAUUUAUUGAAGCUUUGAAUCGUCGAUUACGAUUAUUGACACAAUCCAGUGGAUUAUUCGAUACAAAAAGUACACGAUUAAAAUCUGGUAAUCAGACGAAAAAGAAAACCAUUGUUGAUGGCGAUGAAGAAGAAAUGAUGCAACAGGAAAAUGAUGACAAUGAAGAUGGCGAUGAUGGUAAUGAUAAUGAUAACGAUGAUCAAACAUCAAAGAAAAAGAAAUCAUUGAUCGAUGAUGACGAUGAUGAUGAUGAUGAAGAUUUUGAUGAUUAUGAUGUUGAUGAAGGUGAAGGUGAUACUGUUGCUAUGCGACAACGUACACGUUUAAAUCAGGAACAAGAAUAUGAAGAACCUGAUCAAGAUGAAAUUGAAGAACAAGAAGAUGAUAUUGAUGAUGAUCAAGAAUCAAAAGAAAAUGAUAAUCAAUAUGCCGAUAUCCUCUAUAAUCUUGUACAAAAUCCGAUAAUCAAAUCUGAACCUGUUGAUAAUGAUGACGAUGAGGAAAUUGUUGCUAAUGAAACAAAUGUAUCAUCAUUGCGUGAACAACGAUUAGCUGAAAAGCAAAAAAAUCUCGAAGCGGCGGCUGAAGAACGAAAAAAACGAGUAUUGAAUAAAUCACCCGGAUGUAUAAUGGAUUAUUCAUUCGAUACAAGUCGAGAACUUUGGUGUGAAUUUAUAUUGAAAUUUCCACUAAUAUCGGCCAAAUUAGAUCUACGAACUAUUGUUGAAGAAGAAUCUUUUCGAGCUUUCAUUCAUCGUGUCGGUCGAAUCGAUCGUGCAUUUUUAGUCAAAGAUAAUGAUGCUGCACAAAAAAAUUUACCAUUUUGUAAAUUGAUCAAAACGGAAGGUGUAUCCGUACCGCAAGUUGUUGAAUUUGAACGUUUUCUUGAUUUACGACGUAUCUAUACGAAUGAUAUGCAUGCUAUUGCACGUACUUAUGGUAUUGAAGCAGCACGUGCCGCACUUAUACGUGAAAUUAAAAACGUUUUCGCUCCUUAUGGUAUUUCAGUAGAUAGUAGACAUUUAUUAUUGAUUGCCGAUCAUAUGACAUUUACCGGUUCUAUAAAAGGUAUGAAUCGUGGAGCGAUGGAUGGAAUCUCACCACUUCAGGCAAUGACAUUUGAAACAACUACAAAUUUUUUGAAAAAUUCUUUGCUUUUAGGCUUGAACGAUGAUUUACAAUCGCCAUCAGCACGAUUAGUAAUAGGACGUCCAACAGUUGUUGGUACUGGUUUGUUUGAAACACGUUUAAAGCCAAAAAUGGUUACGGAAUUGAUUCAACCGAAUCUACAUUUAGGUACAUCGCUGCAACGUCAUUCAUACCAUCCAUCGACAUCAUUCCUUGGCCAACCUUCAACAUCACGAUCAUUGUUUGGCCGUUUUUCAAAUGUUAAUCGACAAUCAUCAUUCUUAUCACCAUCGAUGUUUUCACCGAAUCUAUUCAGUUCGGCUUCAAAGGAUAAAUCGAACAAAAGUCGAAAACGCUCCAAACCUGAUGUUGAUAAAAAUGAUGAUAAAACCUCAACUCCAAUCAAAGAGGAAAUUCAUUCCGAUAUUGAAGAAACGAAUUUGUCCGAAACACCACCAGCUACAAAAAAGAUGAAAAAAUCUAAAAAACUGUCCAUUAAAUCAGAAUUUGACUAAUCAUUUAUAGAAUUAAACAAUUUUCAAAUUUUUAUUAUCAA